AGAGUAUUUUCUACACAAGUGUGUGAGCUGUCUUGUCCAACUUGUAAACUAAUUCCCUUUUGCCUUAACCCUACAUGUGUGUUUCUUUCCCUGCAGCCCGAGGGGCUGACAGCAGGUGCUUUCUGUUUCACCUCAGAGACUGAGAGACGCUUCACAGUGUGCUUUGACUUGUUUCAACAUAUCACAGGACACAUUGUUUUAAACUUCAUGAGAGAUUUAUCAUCAUCAUCAUCAUCAUCAUCAUUACUAUUAUGUUUUCUUAAGAAAAAAAAAAGCCCUGAAACUAAACCGUACGCGCAGCUUUCACCCUCCUCAGAGGUUUAUUUGCAUCGAUAGCAUCUUCACUUCCGUGUCUUUUUUAUUAAGGUUAUUGGCCACGUCCCAAACCGCACACUACCGUACUUAAUAGUAUGUCACAACUCAAUGUCAGUUCACUUUGUUUUGACACACUAUUUAGUACAGUAGUAUAGGCUCAGGGACGGAGCUUAUAAGGCUUACUUCCUUGUGUUUGGAGAAUAGAGGAACUGAGCAUUUUGCUCAACUAAGCUGGUAGAAAAAAAAAAAAAAAAAAAAAAAACCUUUAUGUGUGUGUGUGUGUGUGUGUCUGUGUGUGUGUUUAAACCAACUUUUGCAGCUUCUUCCUGAAUUUAAAAUGUGAAUUGUGUGUUGAAGAGGACUCGACUUCGACGUGAGCGGUUUUUUCCUUGGACGUGGGGAGUGUGCCAGAAGCCAAAAUGGCAGGGCGACAUGUAGAACUGACUGAGUAUCAGAAAAGUCUGAUAAAGCGCUACCUCGAGAGUGGCAUCAUAAUGACGGUGUACAGGCAGAAAAUGGAGAGGCUGAGUGUACAGGUCAUUAUGGAGACCAGGCAGGUGGCGUGGACGCGUGUUGCUGGCAAAACAGAUGGAGUGUUGGACCUGUCAGAGAUCCGUGAGAUACGUCGAGGAAAAAACUCCAAGGACUUUGAAAGAUUUAAGGAUAGCAAGGACAAGCAUGCGGACAACACGUGUUUCACGAUUUUCUACGGCUCCCAGUUUGUCCUUAAUACCCUGAGCCUGGGGGUGGACACAGUAGAAGAUGCUGAGAAAUGGCUAAAAGGACUGGAGCUGCUUAGAGAAGAGACAGUGCAUGCUUAUACACCUGAGAUUAUAGAAAGUUGGCUACGGAAGCAGAUGUACUCUAUUGAUCAGACCAAGAAAAACAGCAUCACUCAGAAGGAAGUCAAGUCUCUGCUGAAUCAGAGCAACUUUAAAGUGCCCGGAGGACGAUUUCUGAAGGACAGAUUCAUGGCCGUUGGAGGGAAGAAAGACGUCCUUGACUUUGAGCAGUUUCACAAGUUCUACAAUGAGUUAAUGUUUGAAAACCAGAAGACGAUAUUGGAUGAGUUUAAAAGGGAGUCCUGUGCCUUCAUCAUGGGUAACACAGAAAGGCCAGAUUCCUCUGCAGUUCUCCUAUAUGACUUCCAACGAUUUCUUCUCUAUCAGCAAAAAGAGACUUGGGCUAACAACACAAACCAGGUGCGAGAGCUGAUGACCACUUUCAUCGAUGACACCAUGAGAAAGACCAACGAUCCAGAGUUCACAGUCGGGGAGUUCCUUAGCUUUCUGUUCUCCAAAGAGAACUCCAUUUGGGACGAGAAGUUCUCUGAAUUGUCUAACUUGGACAUGAACAACCCUCUGUCUCACUACUGGAUCAACUCAUCUCACAACACCUAUCUGACUGGUGACCAGUUACGCAGCGAGUCUUCUACAGAAGCCUAUGUGCGCUGCUUGAGAUUGGGCUGCCGGUGCAUUGAGUUGGACUGCUGGAAUGGGCCAGAGGAGCCCAUCAUUUACCACGGAUGGACAAGAACCACCAAGAUUAAGUUUAAAGAUGUGGUGAAGGCUAUCAACGAGCAUGCCUUUGUAACAUCUGAGUAUCCCUUGGUGCUGUCCAUAGAAGAGCACUGUGAUGUGAAGCAGCAGAAACUGAUGGCACAGUACUUCAGAGAUGUGUUCCAGGACAAGCUGCUCACUGACCCAGUGGAGCUGGAAGCGGAGCAGCUGCCCUCACCCACCCAGCUCAAGGGCAAGAUCAUCAUCAAGCAUAAAAAGCUGAAUAUCGGUGAGACCUUUGGAACCAAAGACCUGUCCAGAGGAGAAAAGCAGGGAGAACUUUUCAUCUGGGACCCCAUAGAUGAGAGAUGGUAUAAGCACUACUGUGUGAUCUCCAAAAACAGACUGUACUAUGCAGAGGAGAAUGAGUCAGAUGAGGACUUUGGGAAGAGUUUAGGCAGCAUGGAUAUGCACCAGUCGGAGCCCUGGUUCCACGGGCGUCUGGCUGAGGGCAGGCAGAGCGCUGAGAGACUGCUGCAGGAAUACUGUAGUGAGUCUGGGGGCAGAGAUGGAACUUUUCUGGUGCGAGAAAGCGACACCUUCGUUACUGACUGCACAUUGUCCUUCUGGCGUAGUGGGAGAGUACAGCACUGCCGGAUCCGCUCAUACUCAGACGGAGGCCACGCCGCAUUCUUUCUGACGGAGAACCUGCAUUUCCCCAGUGUGUAUUCUCUGAUCCAGCACUACAGAGAGAACCCACUCCGUUGCCAUGACUUCAAUUUGCGCCUCACUGACUUUGUGCCGCGUCCCAACAUGCACCUUCAUGAGGGGUGGUUUUACAGUAACAUGAGUCGAGGUGAGGCAGAAGACAACCUACUGAGGAUCCCUCGAGAUGGAGCCUUCCUCAUAAGACAGAGGGAAGACUCAGACUCUUACGCCAUCACCUUCAGAGGUGAAGGCAUGGUCAAGCACUGUCGUAUCCACAAAGAAGGAUCCCUGUACGUGUUGGGCUCCUCUAGCGAGUUCGAGAGUCUGGUGGAGCUGGUCAACUACUUCCGCAAGAAACCUCUUUACCGCAAGACCAAACUGCGCUACCCAGUCACACCAGAGCUAGUGGAACGUUUCAGCAUGACGGACAAAUCUGCUUCGAUUUAUGACAGCAAGCAAUAUGUGGAGGCCAAUGAAAUUGAACCAUCUCCGCCUCAGAGCACAGUGAAAGCUCUUUAUGAUUACCGGGCCAUGCGGCCAGACGAGCUCAGCUUCUGCAAGGGCGCUCUGAUCUACAAUGUUACCAAAGAGAGCAGUGGAUGGUGGAAAGGUGAUUAUGGUGGGAAAGUGCAGCUCUAUUUCCCAUCAAACUACGUGGAAGAGGUUGUAAACUCUGCCGCUGAAGAGCAGAAAGACCUGUCUGAUGAAGAUAAUCCAUUGGGUGACUUGUGUAAAGGUGUACUGGAUAUUUCCAAGUGUAACGUUGUGCGUUCAGCCAAACACGGGAAGCCUGUGGUGGUGACGCUGCAGAGUAAGGACGGUAAAGAGAACACAAUGCCGUUCCACUUGGCCACAGAGACCACAGAGGAGCUGUAUGAAUGGUACCAGGUGGCCUGGGACAUCACUCAGAGAGAAGGAACCCGUGAGUUUGAGCAAAAGCAGCAGGAAAAGGUGGAGAUCAGAGACGAGGUGGCGAAAGAAAUGUCUGAUCUGGUGGUGUACUGUCAGCCACGCAGCAAAGACAAGGAUCGAUUUGACAAUUACAGCUAUAAAGAGGUCCGCUCUUUUGUGGAGAAUAAGGUUCCCAGCAAGAGCAGGUCAAGAGAAUUCCUGAAGUAUAACCGCAGAGCCCUGAGCCGCAUCUACCCCAAAGGCCAGCGGGUGGAUUCCUCCAACUAUGACCCCUAUUUUCUAUGGAUGUGCGGCUGCCAAAUGGUAGCACUCAACUUCCAAACUGCUGAUAAGUUUACUCAGCUGAACAGUGCCCUCUUUAGCCUGAAUGGAGGCACAGGAUAUGUACUACAGCCUGAGCUCAUGCGUGCAGACUCCUAUGACCCUCAGGAGGAGAACACCACCGUUAAAUUCACCCUCUCUGUCAGGGUGUUAGCAGCCAGACAUCUGCCCAAGACAGGCCGCAGUAUCUCCAACCCCUUUGUGGAGAUCGAGCUGUGUGGCCAGACUGACGACACCUCCAAGUUCAAGACCACAGUCUGCCAUGAUAACGGAUUGAACCCCGUGUGGCUCGGACCUCACCGGCAGGAUUCAGAGACCGUCACGUUCACUGUGUAUGAACCAGAGCUGAGCUUCCUGCGCUUUGUGUUGUUUGAGGAGGACAUGUUCUCAGACCCCAAUUUUCUCGCUCAGGCUACCUUCCCGGUGAAGGGAAUACGCACAGGAUAUCGCUCAGUUCCUCUGAAGAACGGCUACAGUGAGAACCUGGAGCUCGCUUCUCUUUUGGUGUAUGUGGACAUUCAGCAGGUCGAGAAAGCAGAAGAGGAGCUGUACUCUUCCUCCAGCCAGCUGCGAAAAAGACAGGCUGAACUGUGCAGCGAGCUCUUCUUAUACGACACGCACUCCGGCCUCCAGCGUGCCGCACCCUCGAAUCGCCACGACGUCCUGCUGCAGGAGUUCAAAUCAAACGAAAAUCAGCUCCAGAAGAUCAAUGAAGCAUGCAAGCAGAAGAUGACAGAGAAGAAGAUCAACAACAGCAAGUUCUACUCAUGAGGAAGUGCUCAACACAUCCCCUACCCACUACCCCUACACAUGUCUUCUAUUUAUAAGGCUUCCUCUCCCUGGCUCAGCUGCUCUACUGCUGAAACUCACAGACCUAGCAGAUAAACGCAGGCUAGAUGGGAGAUGUGAUAGUUUUGCUUUCCGGAGUGGAAAGUUCAGGGGUGAGACCGCUGUCAGAAGCUCCACGACACUGAUUGUUGACUUUAUUGUGAAGACCUGGGAUUGCGGAGGCACUUUUACGUGAAGAAAAUCAGUUUGGCUGAACCGUGUUACUCAAACUACAUUUCAUAUUUGUUUGCAGUGCGAUAAACAUUUGUGGUUCAUUUACUGCCAGUUGUUUAAUGAAAAAAUAAAGAAUUAAGCUUAAAAAUUGA